CUGUGUUAACUCAUUCAGGACGACGCAGUUUUCAAGGCUUUAAUAUUCGAAUGACUGACAGCGCUCAAUAUACUGGCGAUUCGCGCACAGGAGCCCGAAUUGCCAGUGUUAUUCUCGCUGAUGAGUUGCUCAAGGAUACUUACUUGGAAGUAACCACAGGCGUUGGGUUCCACGUUAUAUUACAGCAAUCACAUAACAUCCACGGGAAAAACGACGCUGAGAAACCUCCUCUUGCAGUGUCACAUCGAUAGUAAACAGUUGCUAAGAGUAAGAGUAACACAGAAGAGCAGAACUUCCAACUCAGAGCAUCCUAUGGUUAUAGUUGAAAAAGGAACAAACCAGUUCUAAAGGGUCAUUCUCCGGACUGAAAUUCUAGGUGACAUCCUUGUCCCUGUAUUUGCAGAAAAUGUGAAAACUGCAGUCCUCAUACAGACACAUUCAAAUCUUCGUACUACACAAAUGGCGGCCAUUCAGUGUUUGACAACGCGGGGGUUUCUUAUCUGCUGGCAGGGGUUCUAGCGCCUUAUACCUUGAUCAGUCGUUAUCCUUACAUCAACAUCUGUUUUGUUAUUUUUAUUUGUCGUUAUUGACUGGCAUGUUGACUGGGCUGUGUUGUGUAACCAUCAAGUAUCGCUUGUUCGUGUACUCGUUAUACCACAGAAGCACGAACAAAGUAGAGAAUCUACGCGCUGAAGACGAGUGGAAUCCAUGGGGCGAAGAACUACACCGAUCGGCCGCAUUAAGAAGCGCGGCAAAGUACCAGAGGAACACGUCAGUUGUAGACAGUUCGCGUACUGUGGAAAUAUGGGGCAAAGCAGCGAUAGGCCUUUAUACCUGGCAGCACAUAUUCAACGGGCAGCUUUUGCCAAAAGCAGGAGGUGCGUGGAGUUAUGGGUAUCAAAGAGUUGGCGACAUCAAGUUCAAGUUUCGAACGGGUCCAGGCAUCGCCCCGUCCACAGUCCCUUCAGAUGUGACACAUGUGCUCUUAGUCCUCAACGGACGCACACCAGAGAAGAUCAAGGCAGCUAAAGUCUGGCUGAAUUCUCUUCCUUCUUUCUCAAAACUGCAAAAAGCAGCUGCAAUUGUUCUGGGAGACGAAGACUGCAGUGGAAACAUGUGGCUGCUGCCCUAUGUCGCAUCACGUGGUGGAUUGCUCUCGGCGGUGUUUCUCGUUUAUGAUACUGCCUUAGUGGACGGGAAAGAGUUCUUCCAGUGGCCACUAGGUGUUGCCACGUAUCGCGGUUUCCCAAAGGCAAGUGCGAGCACCGUGGAUAUUACUUCCAAGCGGCCGUACUUGUGCAAUUUCCUGGGUACUGUAUACAAGGGAUCAUCGAGGGAGGAACUCGUGAGCGUACUUCGUUCAGACAACAUUGGCAAGCAGUGUUUUGUCAAACACAGGAAUGAGUGGCAGCCACUCGAAACGAGGGAAUCCCUGGAAAUGUACACGCUCGCCUUGGAACACAGCGACCUCACGUUAAACCCCGUGGGAAAAAACCCGGAGUGCUAUCGCAUCUACGAAGCUGCCUCCUACGGUUCUGUCCCGGUGGUUGAAGACAGACUCGUCUCGUCCCAGUGUGCAACGGCGGAGGAUGGCGGACCGUUGAGGCUUCUCAAGAAGUACGGUGCUCCAUUCGUGUACGUUCGGAAUUGGACGGUGGAGCUGCCGCGUGUCCUAGAAAGGGAGAGGAGGCUAUCCGUGCAAGAGAAAGUGAAACGCCGGAGGAACUUGAUUGCCUGGUAUGAAGGCUUCAAGCGAAGCAUGAAAGAAGAACUAGUUAAAGUGAUACAGUGGAAGUUUUUUGACAAAGCUUUGUGAUAACAGAGCUUACAUCAAGGUGGCUGCAUAUUGACAGUGGUGCACAAUCAAAACUUUCUUAUUCGAAUUGCUCAAAGCAGGGAUUAUCAUUUUUAGACCAAGCGUGGUCUUUCCUUUUAUCGUGUGUGUAUUCUGGUGAAACAGUGAGCGAAGGCACACACCAGCAACCACAGAAGAGAAGCUGAUGCUCGGAAGUAGCAAAGUCGUGUUAUUGAAAACACAUGCAUGCAUUUGUUUUUAUAUGAACAUGUGCUUUCUCUGAUGUGGUGGUACUAUUUUUCCAAGAGCAAUAUCUCAUACAAAAAGGUCAAAACACGAACAGCAGAGAUGGCCUGAGAAGACUUAAGAAUGAAAAGAAUGGCAUGAUGCAAAGUGUCUGUCAGAAAGAGUAAGAACAGCAUUUCUUUCUUUU